AAGAACAUGGUAAGCUUUAUUUCCGGUCGGGAGACAGAGAUAAGAUAUAGAAAUAGAGACCAAGAAAAGUCCGGUUUUUAGAGAGAGAAAUCGGAGGAUGAGUUGUUUGCUCGUCUUUUCAUGUUUCUCGAAGGCCUGAGGACAGAGAAGAGGAAGAAGAAGAAGAGGAAUAGAAAGGGUCCGUGAGUUUCGGACAGGAAGAGACGAGAGGUUCUGUUUUAGGGUUCUUAGGUAUCUGAAAGAAGAAGACGAAGAUGGGAUUGCCAGAUUGCUCUGAUGAAUAUGAGAAGCUCGUUGUAAGGAUGAACAUGCCCAGAUGCUCAUAAGGAUUUCUAAUCGAUAUUCCCGAUUUCCUUUUUCUCUGUUGGCAUCCAAAUCAUGCGGAUUCUUGAUUUCUUUCUUCAUUAAUAUCUAAUAAUUUUACAAUUUUUUUUUCUUUGGUGAAUAUGCAUGUCAUCUUACAUGGCUCUAAGCCUCUGUUAUUGAUCAGAAAAAGGCUGAGGUCUUGAUCGACAAUGGAGUUUGCCCUAAUUCGACCGUCGUUAAGAUCGAUAGCGCGAGAAGUCAGGGCAUACUGCUAGAGUCCGUACAGCUUCUCACCGAUAUGAAUCUUUGGAUCCGAAAAGCUUACAUUUCCGCCGACGGGAAAUGGAUCAUGGACGUUUUUCAUGUGACGGAUUCGAAGGGGAACAAAUUAACUGACGAAAACCUCAUCAGUUAUAUAGAAAAGUCGAUCGAGUCAUCUCAUUACGCUAGAACCGAAGGGUACACCGGUUUAACCACCCUGGAGUUAACCGGAACAGACCGUAUCGGUUUACUCUCGGAGGUUUUCGCUGUCCUGGCCGACCUGCAUUGCGAUGUUGUCGAGGCCAAGGCCUGGACACACAAUGGCCGAAUCGCCUCAUUGAUCUACAUGAAAGACGGUAAUUCAGGGACACCGAUCGAAGGUGAUUCCGACAGGGUCCAACGGAUAGAAUGGCAGUUGCGUAACUUGCUUAAAGGAGACGACGGUUACCGCAGCGCCACGAGAACGUGUGUAUUGCUGGACGGACGUACUCAUGUGGAGAGAAGGCUGCACCAGAUGAUGUUCAUGGACCGGGACUACGAGAAGAAAUCGAAUCCCAAGAAAUCUCCGGUCGUGUCGGUACAGAACCUUCUGAGACGAGGGUAUUCUGUCGUGACAUUGCAAUGCAAAGAUCGGAUGAAACUCCUUUUCGACGUCGUUUCCACGUUAACCGAUAUGGCCUACGUCGUGUUCCAUGCUUCUGUCCGAACAGUUGGUGACGACGCUUUCUUCGAAUUCUACAUCAGGCAUACCGAUGGUGCUCCGGUUAAUUCAGAACCGGAGAGGCAACGUUUGAUACAAUGCUUACAAGCUGCAGUAGAAAGAAGGACGUCCAAGGGUGUGAGGUUGGAACUAUGCACAUCGGAUAGACCAGCGUUGUUAGCGGAGGUAACUCGGAUCUUCAGAGAAAACGGAUUGAACGUUGCGAGAGCCGAGAUAUCGACCAAAGACAGUGUGGCCACAAACGUUUUCUACGUCACCGACGCGAAUGGGAACCGAGCUGACCCGAAAAUAAUCGAAACGGUUAGAGAAAAGAUCGGAUUUAACCACUUGAACGUGAGAGAACCGUGGCCGGAGAUUUCCCGGCGGACGUCGGAGGAAGAACUGUCGGAAACGCAGCGGUACGGGGGCGGCGGAGGGACAGUGUUGGUGUCACUUGGGAGCUUGGUUCUAAGAAAUCUCUACCAUUUGGGUUUGAUCAAAUCAUAUUUCUAGUGAAGAUUAAGAUUAGGGUUUACGAGGAAUUAUAACCGGUCAAUGUCGUCAGACCAAUUCAAUCAUGUGUUUGGUAUAUCGAUGCGGUCGAAUCAGGUUAGGUUAGGUGGCAAUAUUGGUAUUUUCUGUUUGUUUGGAGGUUAUUAUUGUACAUAGAAGCAAAAAAGAAGUGAUGUGUUAGAAAAUAUAUUUAGUGAUCGGUGUUAUUGUUAGGUUAGAUCUUUGGUGUACAUAUGUUUUUAAUUAUAUUUUAAAUUGUAGUGUACAUAUGUAACCUAUGUUCGUUAUAAAAAAAUUUGGUCAGUGAAGAAUUCAA